AUGGUUGUGAAACUGGGAGGACCCUCCAAAUUGUUCCUCCUGGUAUGCUUCAUCUUUCAGCACAUUGACGCAAUUCUGCACCUGAAUAAUCGCCACGCGAAUCACGAAAAGGGAAGAAGUAAACUCAGCGUGAAUUUCAAGGGGAGACGCGAUAUCGCUAUGGGGAAAAGAGGAGGCAGGUUCAGCGACAGGGGACACAAAUAUGCAAAGGUUGGUACUCCAUCGAUAAUGGAUUUCGUCUCUCUUAAGGAAAGGAAAAAAAAAGUUCAACAAAGGGCGUACUGUAGUGGGAGGCCCUUAAAUGAACUUGGGGAGUAUUUGCUACGCCACGUAAGCAGUUCUGUGUUGAGAAGGAAUUUGUUUUUUUUAACUCCUCCAUUGGGGAAGCAAGAUGGGCAGAGAACAACGUGGCGCUUCUACACAGGAAAGGUAUGGGAGAAAAAACCCAAGUGUGGAUCGAGGCUCGCGAUGGGGGAAACGGGCAAGGAAGAUACUACCCCCUCUGAGGAGAGUGUAGAUAGGGAGGUUCAUGAAAAUGGGCAAGAUGGAAAACGUCUUGUCGUGGGGAUGAACGAGGACAGGUCCGCAGAAGAAAGAGAAAAAAUACAAAGGCUAAAAGAAUACAUGAGAAAAGAACUGCUGACCAUUGAGUAUAUUGACGAAGAAAAUGAACUCAGCGAAGUUCAACUGAAGGUGAACUUGAAGGGAAGUCUGAGGGAACACUACUAUGACAUGUGUGUAAAACAAUAUAAGGAAAAUAAACUCAAGGAAAAUAAAUACGAAUAUUCUUAUUUGAAAGACAUCCCUAUUAACAAUUUAAUUAAUUAUAUUAAGAAAGAGGAUUAUUUAAACAUUUUCCUCAAGCAUGUGAAUGAUGAUAUAAUUAUGGUUUAUAAAAAAAUGAAGAACCUACAUUUGAUCGGAUCCCCAAGACUUAUGAAUAACAUUAACCACAUAACCAUUAGCAAAUUUAGCGAUGUGCAUUUAACCUUUUCAGUUGAUAAAUUCCCCAAAAUAAAAUUUAACAAAUCUUAUAUUCGGUUACCAAUGAAGGUAGAAAUUCCUCCAUAUGAAAAAGGCAGCACUUUUAAGGAAUUCCUAAAGGUUAUAAAAAAUGAAAAGGAAAAAGAAAAUGAAAUUAUAAUAAAUGUUGAUGAAAAUCAUAAGGUGGAUUGGAAUGACGAUGUUUAUGUUAAUGUGUGCAGGGGGUGGGUGUACAAUUCGAGUAAUGAGUAUUGUAGUGAUAUGUGUGGCGUGGAGGGAGAAGAUACACAGAAGAAAUUGAAUUCACGUGGAGAAAAAAACGGCCAAGAAGAAAAUGCCGAUGAUGCAGCAUUAAAUGAAGCAAUGAACAGUCGAGAUAAAAUUAAAGACCUCAUCGAUAUUGACAAAACUGAAGAAGAAUUUAUUAACAGCGCAGAUAUGGGUGAUGAGAAGAAGGAGGAAGAGAAGUAUAUGCACGACAAUGACGAAAAACUUUUUAAUGAUACAAAUAUGAAAGGCAUGGAAGAGUAUAAGUACUAUGACGAAUUUUUGCAGAGCUCUAAAUUUACAAAGUACUUUAAAGAAGGGUAUCAGCUGCCGACUGAUGUCAUUUCCAUGAAUGGAGAAGUCAUCACGGUGAAGGAGAAUUACAACCCCUUGGGGUUUAACGAGUCUCUUAUUGGACUUUCCAGAAAUGAGAAAAAAAACAUAACCGCCUACCUCCCUGUGGAUCUGUUCAAGGCGCACUUUGACUCCUCCCCCUCUGUGGAGGACCAGAAGAACUGCGAAGAAGGACCUCCCAAGGUUGUUAACGACAUUGACAAGGAGAGCAUAAGCAAGUUUAGGGAAGUCAUUUACACUGAAAUUAAGAAGCUCAAGAGCGGCAGCUUCUUUCGGGAGCUGGAGGAUAUUCUGAAGAGCAACCAGGGCAAGUUCUUCGACCGGGAGUCAGAAAGCGGGCAAGGAGCUACCGGUCAGGCGACUACCGCAGAAGGGAACUGCCGAGGCCCCGCCGCGGCGCAGGACAUUGAAUUUAUCCUAAACGAUAACAGCCCCUUGUAUGAUGGAGAAGAGAUGCAGGGUGAGGACGAAGAAGGAGCGCCAUCGCAUCUGCAGUCGCUACACGCACCGCCGGAAGGGGAGGACCACCCCAUAGGAGACGAAGCGGACCAGGAGGAAGAAGUCCAGUUCAACAAAAACUUCGAUAAAUACCUGGAGGAGCUGCUCAAAGAUGAUAUCAACUCCCUGGACGAGAAACUAUAUGGGAGAGGAGCAAGUUCAAAGACGGGGGACAUUUUGAGCAACGUUUAUGACCCCAGUGAGUACGAGAAAUGUGAAGAGGGCAAUGCAAAAGGGGGUAUGGGUGAAGAAUCGGGUGAUGAAGAAAUGCUAAAUGAUUAUAUACUUGGAAAGUGUGACUUGGUCAAAUGCAUAUUGGAGGUAGAGGUGUUAGACAUUAAGUCUCGAAAAAGGUGCGAACAAGAUAUUAACGAUUAUGUGAAAAAAAAAUACAACAAAACGGUGGAUGAGCUUCAUGAUGAAAUUGAAGAGAGAGCCAUGAAGGACAUACAGCACAAAUGUGUUGACCAGAGGAGAAUGGAAGCUUAUAAAAAAUUAAUGGAAAUUUCGUCUCUAAAUGUACCCAGAACAUUGUUUCAGGCGCAAGGGAAAAUACUAUACAGCAGUUAUUUGAAGAAAAAAAAAAUGCAAAGCAGCGAAAAUGAUAAAAACGAAAAAGUGUUAAGUUUUGAAGAGUUCAUUAACAAAUCCCAGAAAGAAAUUUAUGAUCAAGUGAAAUUUUCCUUUAUUGUUAAAACGAUUUUCCAAAACGCCAAAUUAAAGGUAAAUUACGAAAACGUAAUAAAGGACGUGUUAAAAACGUUACUUAAAAGCCCAACAAAUAAUGUGAAGUCUUUAAUAAAGAAAAUUCAUACAAUUCACCAGGCGCAGAGCGUCCUUGAUUUUGUGUCCCUCAAUGGUGACAUUUCGUUCGCGACGAAUAAUAAAUCGUCUGUCAAUUUUUCAGUCACCAUGAAAAAGGGGUCCCACUACACCAAGGAGGAAUUCCUGAAUGCAGACGAGGCGUUGGAGGAUGGCCAAACAGGUCUACACACGGGGGAGGUAUCACCAUCGGGGGAAAAAAACCUUUAUGGUGAAGGGACGGCAGGAAAAAAUGACACACAAAAUGGUGAAGACCAAAAAGGGAAACAGAAAAUUUUUAACUUUACAGACGAAUCCAAUUUCGUAGUGGAAAACAAAAAGGAAAAUAAUGAACAAGUGGAGCUGGAAUAUUUUACCUUUAAAAAGGGUGCGAAUUAUACCAGAUAUUUUGAAGAAAAAUAUAAAAAAAGAUGA